AUGUCCAGAAGAUGGUUCCACUCUCAUUUAAAUGGCAUGGAAACUCAACGAAUACUUUUAGAUGAAGGCGUCGAAGGAUCAUUUUUGGUUCGGAAAUCAUAUAGCAGGAAAGGUCAAUUUGUCUUAUCUGUUAGGCAUGGCAAUAAGGUUAACCAUAUAAAAAUUCAUAAUGAUGGUGAGCUUUUUGAUCUCAAUGGUGGUGAAAAAUUUAAAACCCUAACAAAUCUCGUUGAACAUUAUAUGACACAUCCAAGGGUACUAAAAGAACAAGGUGGUAUACCAUUACCUUUAUUAAUACCGAUUGGUUCACCCGAGCCAACCAAUGAAAGAUGGUUUCAUGGUCAAAUGUCAAGAAAAGAAGCAGAGUAUUUGAUUUUAGAAAAAGGACGCCCUGGUAGCUAUUUAGUACGAGAAUCGCAAUCUGAUCCUGGAAAUUAUGUAUUGACCGUUAAUAUUGAUAAUAAAGCGGCUGAAAUUAAAAUUAGAUUUAAUGGAGAAAAGUAUGAUAUAGGUGGUGGAGAAGAAUUCUUGUCACUAAAUGAUUUGAUGAAAUACUACAGCUUCAAUCCAAUGGUUGAUCAUACUGGAUCUGUAAUGCAUUUGAUGAAUCCAGUAAAUGUAACAAGAAUAAGUAUUGCAGGAAUCGUUGAUCGUGUAUUUAAACUGGAGCAUCAAAAAUAUCAUCAUUAUGCUUUUGGUGGGUUUUGGGAAGAAUUUGAUGUUUUACAACAAUGGGAAUUAAAACGAGAAUCAACAAAAGAUGUUGGUUUUUUAACUGAAAAUAAAUCCAAGAAUCGAUAUGGCAACAUUUUACCAUAUGACCAUUCUAGAAUUAUAUUAAAAUGUUGUGAUAAAAGUUUACCAGGUGCAGACUAUAUCAAUGCAAACAUGAUCAAACUUGAGCCAUUUAUUUUGGCUGAAAAAUAUGAAACACGUAAUUACAUUGUCACUCAAGGUUGUCUACGUAAUACAGUUGAUGACUUUUGGCAAAUGAUAUGGCAAGAAGAUUCCCGCAUAAUUGUUAUGAUAACAAAAUUAUUUGAAAAGUCUAAAGAGAAAUGUAUGAAGUAUUGGCCAGAUCUAGGUCAAUCAUGUGAGUACAGCAAAAUCACUGUUGAAAAUCUUGGAGAGUAUGCCCACCAACAAGAUAUGGUUGUGAGAAUGUUUAAUAUUAGUCUUUCAAAUUACAGACAUAGAAGAGUACUUCAAUACCAUUAUACGGGGUGGCCGGAUCAUGGAGUUCCUUCUGAUGCGGGGUCGCUUCUAGACUUACAGUUUGUAGUUAAUGCUCGCCAGUUUGAAAUAGAAGCUCAUUCAGAUGUUACACACCCUCUAACUGUACAUUGUAGUGCUGGAAUUGGGAGAACUGGUACAUUUGUUGUUCUUGACAUUCUUAUUGGUCUAAUAAACCGAAAAGGUCUUGAUUGUGAGUUGGAUAUCCAACGCACCACUCAUCUGGUAAGAUCAUUUCGCCCAGGACUUGUACAAACUGAAGCACAAUAUCAGUUCAUAUAUACAGCUAUAAAUCACUAUGUACAAUCAGUAUGUUCAAGAAUAUCAGCUGAAAAGAAAAUUGAGAUGUUUGGUCGUGAAUACUUGAACAUAAAGUAUACAGAUGAACUAGCAACAGUUGUAGGUGAAGAAAAUGUGCCAACCUUAAACCCUUGUACAGCUCAAAGGGUCUUAAAAAAUGCUAUUUCAUGCAAUACCUAUCCUACUACCGAUUCGCCUUUAGUUUCUCCUACUCUAGACAAAUCAAAUGUAGUUGAACUCCUGGGUUAUGACCCGGGAAAACCGAAUAAUCCAUCACAGGCCAUAGUGACUAAUACAGAUUCAUGUCCUAAUUCACCUACUUCUAACGUAUUUGAAUUACAUUCCUACCAAAAUAUUACAUCACCUUUACCAUCAAGUGAAUGCGAUAUUGGACCUCCACCAAUGGAAGCUCCACCCCCACCCCCGGAGUCUCUUUUCUAUGAUAUUAAUGAGACAAUAUAA